UAUUCACUUAUCUUAUAUAUCAUUGCUGCACAACCCCAUGGAUCUUACAAAUUAAAGGAUUUAAUAAUUUAAAUAAAAAAAAUUAAGGAAAUAGAAAAUUAAAUUUGACAAAUUAUUUACCAAUUUUAAUUAAGUUAACUUUAAUUGUUUUUCUAUCUGCAUUUCCGCCGAGGUGAAUAGAGAUUGGAUAGUCACAUUCUCGCAUCCUCUUAUUUGCUAUAAACUCAAUUUAGUUGCAAAUACUUUUAUCUGUAGUCUAGAGGUGCAGCUCCUUAGGGGAUAUAAAAAAUUCCUCAUUCCAUCUUAAUUUUGCUCAGGAUCUUCUUCUUUAGGUUUUUUUUUCCAUCUUAAUUUAGAGUUCUUUAAUUUUUCAAAUUGAAAAAAAUAGUCCCUUUGGAUGCAACCGACUAGAAAGAGAUUGAGAGUAGAAUUUGUAGACUGAGUCAAGGGCCUAGCUUGGCGGUGAGGAUCACAGGUGGUGAGUGAGGGAGUGAGAAUGGAAAUGUAAAGAAUAAAGCUAAAUCAAAUGUGUGAAGUUAAGUGAAAUGAGAACAACAAAAGAAGACAAUGCAAUCUAGGCAAAUAGCACACGUGUUGAAUGUCUCAGACAAUGCAAAGAACAGCACCAACUCGAGCCAAGACAUCAAUCAUCACCAUGUGCAAAUUGAUCCUGGCUCUGCCCUCCAACAAUUUCUUGAUCACAUACCCAUUAGUUCAAUACCCUCCAUAAAAGAUUCACCAGUUUUGGAAUUGAAAGCUGGAGACAGUAUAAGAGAUGCAAUUCAUAUGUUGUAUGAAAAGGACACAUUUUUUGCUGCCAUUGUGGAUGUCUUAGACACUGAAUCAGCCAGCUUAAGAUUUUCAGAUCAAUAUAUGGGUUUUAUAGAUUUUGCAAGCAUGGUUCUUUGGUGUCUUGAGGAAUAUGAAAAGAUUAGUGAAAAUGCCACGGAAAAGGAUCUCAAGGACAUAAAGAACAAUGGUUUUUUCUCCAUCCUGGACAAGGUUCCUCAGAUUGGGCAGACCAAGGUUGGCGAGUUGGCUAAGUCAUUUCUCUGGCAACCAUUUUUCCCUGUACUCUUGGAUGACACAAUUUUGCAUGCACUGCUACUUCUUUCUAAGCAUCAAUUGCAUGUUUUGCCUGUCACACAACAACCUGGUCCUGGAAUCAUAGGUUUUGUUACACAGAAUGCUGUAGUCAAAUUCCUCCUUCAAUCAAGUGAACUAGAGUGGUUUGAUUCUAUUGCAGACAAGAACUUGUCAGAUUUCAGAUUUGAAGGCCAAGAUCAUCCUAUUUGUGUAUCAGGGGGUCAAACUGUUGCAGAUGCAUUUAAGUUGCUCAGGCAGAACCAGGCUUGUGCAAUUGUAGUUGUAGAUGGAAAAACUAAGAAGCUCCUUGGUAAUUUGAGGAACAGUGACGUUUAUAAUCUUGUAAAGAAUGAUGACCUCUUUAGAAAUAGAAAGACUUUAACUGUCCAAGAGUUCAUUCACAUAGAGACUGACAAAUUAGACACUGGACCAACUACUGAACAAGAUCACCGUGCUCUUCUCGCAGCAAGAAGUCUCAGCAUGAAAAAUAGCUUGAUCUCCAGAAUGGAUUCACCGGCUACCAACAAGGAAAAUGAUACACUCAAGCAAGUAAUGGAGCAUAUGACACAGACCAAUAGCAGUUUCAGCUUUGUGAUCAAUGAUACUAAACAAGUUACAGGUUUGCUCACACUGAGAGAUAUAAUUCUGCAGUUUGCUCCCCCGGGUGUGAAUUCUACCAUUCAUGGAGGAGGGUUUUUUGAGUUUGCUUUGGAGCAGAGUGGAUGCCAAGUAAAAAAUGGAACUAUUAUUCGUAAUCGUUGA